CGCGUUUAAGAGGAAGGUCGGAAGCGCGGCGAGUCAACGAAAAAAAUUACUAACGACAGGUAGUGGAUCCCGUCAAACGACAGAAAUCGGUUACCGCCAGCUGAAGAUAAACACCACCGGCGAUACGACGUUUCGUGUUUAAUGAGCUGAUAACCGAGUGUAAGAGCAGUGGUGUGUCGCGGCGGCCCAGCGCAGCGCGUGAGUUGCUAGUGUUACAUUAAACUGGAGUUCAGUCAUCGAGCGUUCAUUGCUCAUUUAAUUACCGAAGAAUCUGUUAAGAACACAACAGAACAUUGCCGGUGAUGGAUGAUAAAGCGUUUACGAAAGAAUUAGACCAAUGGGUCGAACAGCUGAACGAGUGCAAACAGCUGACCGAGAACCAAGUGAGAACGCUCUGCGAGAAGGCUAAAGAGAUUCUUACUAAGGAGUCCAAUGUACAAGAGGUGCGUUGUCCCGUUACGGUGUGCGGAGAUGUGCACGGCCAGUUUCAUGACCUAAUGGAGCUCUUCAGAAUUGGAGGGAAGUCACCUGACACCAACUAUCUGUUUAUGGGUGACUAUGUAGACAGAGGGUAUUACUCAGUGGAAACAGUAACACUUCUUGUUGCACUAAAGGUUCGCUAUCCAGAACGCAUUACGAUAUUGCGGGGAAACCACGAGAGCAGACAGAUCACACAAGUGUAUGGUUUCUAUGACGAGUGCUUGAGGAAAUAUGGCAACGCAAAUGUCUGGAAAUACUUCACAGAUCUUUUUGAUUACCUUCCCCUCACAGCCCUGGUGGAUGGCCAGAUCUUCUGUCUGCAUGGUGGGCUCUCUCCGUCCAUAGACACGCUGGAUCACAUUCGUGCACUGGAUCGUCUGCAGGAGGUGCCGCAUGAGGGACCAAUGUGUGAUCUGCUGUGGUCAGACCCUGAUGAUCGCGGUGGCUGGGGAAUCUCUCCACGAGGAGCCGGUUACACCUUUGGGCAGGACAUUUCAGAGACCUUCAACCACGCUAAUGGCCUUACACUGGUGUCCCGUGCUCAUCAGCUGGUCAUGGAGGGGUACAACUGGUGUCAUGAUAGGAAUGUCGUCACUAUCUUCAGUGCGCCAAACUACUGCUAUCGCUGUGGCAACCAGGCAGCCAUUAUGGAACUGGAUGAUACUCUUAAAUAUUCGUUCCUUCAAUUUGAUCCUGCUCCUCGACGUGGAGAGCCUCACGUCACCCGCCGCACCCCUGACUACUUCCUAUAAGCGAGCACUGGCCUGCCGUGAGAGACCUCUGAUGACAAAUCCAAACAUGUAUACAUCUAUUCAUCUAUUGUGUAUAUAAGACGGGGGAUAUGUUCUGAUACAACAACACUAAUACGGACCAAAAUGUGCCAUACAAGCAUCUAAUGCCCAAAUCAGAUCGCUCUGUCUCAGUACCGCUACAAAGUGUCUCGUUUUAGCCUCUAGUGCAAAUUGCCUGCUGUAUACAAUGAAUAGAGAUGUUCCCUUCGUUCUUGAAUUGUAAAUUAAAAAAAGAAACAAAAAAACAAAACAAAAAAAAAAAAAUGUUAAGUGAAUAGCUUUCUCUCACAGUAUCACAGGAAUAAAACGUCCUUUAAGUUGGCAAUGCCAGGCAUGUGAAAAAAAAAAAAACGGUAACAUUUUUAUACAAGUGCACAAGCUGACAUCCUUUCCUGUAUCUUCACCAAAAAAUAAAUAAAAA